AUGACCAGCACGGCGGAUCCGCCCAAAAAGGCGUCCGGGCCCAAGGCCCUCUGGGCCAAGCUCAAGAGCAUCGACCUCAACCCAGAGACGGCCUUUGCAAAGAAGCGCCCGCCGCCGGCGCCCAGGACCGUCUACUUCAACCAGCCGCUGCCCGCCGAGGCGUUUGGGAAAAAGGGGAGGCCAGCGCCCGGCUGGGAGUACGCCUCGAACCAGGUCCUCACCGCCAAGUACACCCUCUACAACUUUGUCUUCAAAAACCUGCUCGAGCAGUUCCGCAGAAUAGCCAACCUCUUCUUCCUGCUCAUUGUCAUCCUCCAGUUCUUCCCGCAGUUCUCGACCAUCAACCCCGGCGUCUCGAUGCUGCCGCUGCUGGCGGUGCUGGCCAUCACGAUGGCCAAGGACGGCUACGAGGACGUCAAGCGGCACCAGUCGGACCGCUUCAUCAACCGCCUCCGCGUCGACUCGCUCGUCGGCGGCGGCUGGAAGAACCCCAACUUUACCGAGCUCAAGAGCCGCAGCGUCGGCUCGGCGCUGCGGGCGCUGCGACAGAAGCUGCCCGGCGGCAAGAAGAAGACGCAGGCGGUGCAGCAGCAGAUGCGCGCGCCCGGCCCAGACGGCCAGGUGCAGGACGGCCAGGAGCGGCAGUUGCUGUCGACCCACGCCCUCGGCCGGCGUGCCACCAGCGGCCUCAGCGCCGACGACCACGAGUUUGAGCACACGGCCGACGGCCGCGUCAUCCACCGCGGCAAGGUGCUCUCGGCCGACGAGGAGCAUGCCUACUUCGCGCGCAAGAAGCCUCGCUGGAAGCCCAAGAUGUGGGAGGACCUGGCCGUCGGCGACUUUGUCAUCCUGCGCAACAACGACCCCAUCCCUGCCGACAUUGUCAUCUGCGCCACGAGCGAAGAGGAGGAUACGUGCUUCAUCGAGACCAAGAACCUCGACGGCGAGACCAACCUCAAGGCGCGCCACGCGGUGCCGGAGCUGUCGCACCUGCGCGACCCGCAGACGUGCGCGGCGGCGUCGUUCAAGGUGCACUCGGAGCCGCAGUCGACCAACAUGUACCGGCUCAACGGCAGCGUCGAGCUGAGCGACACGUUUGACAAGAACGGCAAGCCGCUCCAGUGCCCCAUCACGCUCAACGAGGUGCUGCUGCGCGGCUGCAACCUGCGCAACACCAAGUGGGUCGUCGGCAUCGUCCUCAUGACGGGCGUCGACUCCAAGAUUGUCGCCAACUCGGGCGUGACGCCGAGCAAGCGCUCCAAGGUCGAGAAGCAGAUGAACCCGAUGGUCUACUUCAACCUGGGCAUCCUCGCCCUCAUGGCCGUCGUGUGCGCCAUCGCCGACUGGUGGCUCGAGGACUACUACUUUGACCGCAGCGCCUACUGGGAGUACCUGGCCGUCUACAGCGACGACAACCCGCGCAUCAACGGCCUGGUGGCGUUCGCCAACUCGCUCAUCACCUUCCAGAACAUUGUGCCCAUCUCGCUCUACAUCUCGAUCGAGGCGGUCCGCACCAUCCAGGCCUACUUUAUCUACGACGACUACGACAUCUGGUACGAGAAGCGCAACCGCCGCACCACGGCCAAGUCCUGGAACCUCUCCGACGACCUGGGCCAGAUCGAGUACAUCUUCUCCGACAAGACCGGCACGCUCACCCAGAACAUGAUGAUCUUCCGCGAGUGCGCCGUCGGCGGCAUCGUCUACCACGGCGACCGGUCCGUCGACCGCAUGGAGGAGGAGGAGGCUGCUGCUGCCAACAGCGCCGCCGCCGCCGCCAACGGGGCCGGUGGCGGUCCCGGCAGCGCCGACGAGACGGCCGCAUCCUUCGAAAAGGCCGGCUUUGCCAGCAACCCGGACACGGACCACACCAGCUCGACGUCAUCGCACGACGGCCGGCACCCCAGCGAGGGGGCCAAGGGCGACAACGGCGGCGGCGGCGCCAACGUCGACAGCGGAGCAAGGCGGACCGUGCGCCCGAGCAACGCCGAUGUGCCCGCCUUCCGCGACAGCCGGCUGAGCGAGGACCUCUCGGACCGGGACGGGCAGCAGGGUGUGCUGCUGGGCCGCUUCUUCCGCUGCCUCGGCCUCUGCCACACGGUGCUGGUCGAGGAGCACGGCGGCAACGUGAUCGAGUACCAGGCGCAGAGCCCCGACGAGCAGGCGCUCGUCCAGGCGGCCGCCGACGUCGGCUACGUCUUCUGCGGCAAGGACCGGAGCACGCUCAAGCUGCAGGUGCCGGACAGCAGCGAGCUGGAGCGGUACGAGCUGCUGACGGUCAACGAGUUCAGCUCGGCGCGCAAGCGGAUGAGCGUCAUCCUGCGCCGCCACUCGGACGGCCAGCUGCUCCUCUUUGCCAAGGGCGCCGACAGCAUCAUGUUUGAGCGCAGCGCCGCGGGCCAGGACGACGUCAAGGCCGGGACCGACGAGGCGCUCGAGGAGUUCGCCAACAAGGGCCUGCGCACGCUCUGCCUCGGCUACCGCGAGCUCGACGCCGCCUACUACGACGACUGGGCGCACCGCUUCCACGAGGCCACGGUGGCGCUCGAGGACCGCGAGGAGGCCAUGGAGGCGCUGGCGAGCGAGAUCGAGAGCGAGCUGGUGCUGCUGGGCGCCACGGCCAUCGAGGACAAGCUGCAGGACGGCGUGCCGGAGACCAUCGCCGACCUCAAGCGCGCCGGCAUCAACGUCUGGGUGGCCACGGGCGACAAGCUCGAGACGGCCAUCGCCAUCGGCUACAGCACCCAGCUGCUGACGCGCGACAUGAACCUCGUCGUCGUGCGCGGCGGCGAGUACGGCCAGCCCAACUCGGCCUACGAGCAGCUGCGCAAGGCUGUGGUGCGCUUCUUUGGCGGACGCGAGGUGCUGCUGAGCAUGGAGCACCAGCCGCCGGACGCCGAGUCGCAGGCCGGCAGCCGCCGCUCGUCGUUCAUGUCGCGCCGGCCCUCGUUCCACCGCAACCGCCGCAGCAGCGUCAGCCAGGCGUCGCUGGUCGGCGAGGACAACGGCCAGCGGCCCGGCGGCUACGCGCUCGUCAUCGACGGCACCGCGCUCGGCCACGCGCUGAGCGAGGAGUUUAGCAAGGACCUGCUGCUCAAGAUCUCGACCCAGUGCCGCGCCGUCAUCUGCUGCCGCGUGUCGCCGCUGCAAAAGGCGCUCAUCGUCCGCCUCAUCAAGGACGGCCUGGGCGUCAUGACGCUCGCCAUCGGCGACGGCGCCAACGACGUCUCGAUGAUCCAGGCGGCCCACGUCGGCAUCGGCAUCGCCGGCGAAGAGGGCCUCCAGGCGGUCAACUCGUCCGACUACGCCAUCGCCCAGUUCCGCUUCCUCAAGCGCCUCGUCCUCGUCCACGGCCACUGGUCCUACUGGCGCAACUCGGUCAUGAUCAAGAACUUCUUCUACAAGGAGUUUAUCCAGAUCGGCUACCUCUUCUGGUUCCAGAUCUACUGCGCGUGGUCGACGACCCAGGCCAUCGACUACAUCUACCUUCUCUUCUGGAACGCCGUGUGGACCGUCGCCGCCGUCAUCUUUGUCGGCAUCUUCGAGCGCGACGUCAACGACAAGGUGCUGAUGCAGGUGCCCGAGCUCUACCGGCGCGGCCGCGAGGGGCGCUACUUUGGCCUCGUCCCCUUCCUCGUAUACGUCGCCGAGGGCGUCUACCAGUCGGUGGUGCUCUACUUUUUCGUCGCCUACGCCUACGACAUGACGACGUCGCGCAGCGACGGCUACGACGUCGACCUCUACGAGUGGUCGGCCACGAUGCUGGUGGCGUCCGUCUUUAUCGCCAACCUCUUCACCGGGCUCGACGUGCGCGCCUGGACGUGGUUCAUGGCCAUCGGCAUCUUUUUCGGGCCCGUCGUCAUCGCCAUCUUCGUGCCCAUCUACAACGCCUUCAAGCCGAGCGUGUUUGUCACGCCGUCGUACGGCAACAAUCACUACAACUACCGCUCGAUCCAGUACUACGCGCUGUGCAUCUUCUGCACCGUCCUGUGCCUCAUGCCGCGCUUCAUCUGGAAGCACCUGCGCCAGUUCUACUACCCGACCGACAUCGACAUCCUGCGCUACGUCGACGAGCAGGACCCGCACCACGACUUUUACAACGACCCCGCCAUCAUCGAUCGCACCAAGGAAGACGUGGGCUCGUACGACGGCCACCCGCCCGCGCCACCGCCCGGCGCCGCGGCGGGCCCGGCGGCGACACGGCGCUCGGCGGACGGCAUACCGAUGCACGCGCUGCAGCAGACGGCCAGCCGGGCCAGCAGCACGCACUACGACAUGCUCACGGGCCUCGACCGGCCCAACCGCGGCUACACCUUCUCGUCGGACGAGCCGAGCCGCAGCGCCGGCGACGGCAGCGGCGGUCGCAGCAACAGCCGGCGUCGGCGGCUGUCGGUCAAGAGGCUCCUGCCGGGGCCGAUCCAGCGGACGCUGCGCAAGCGCGACGAUCGGCGGCGGCUGACGGCCAUCGAGCAGGAGGACGACGCCCGCGACGACGCCGACGAUGACGACGAGCCGGCGGCGGGAGGAGGUUCCGUGACGCCAGGCGAGCCACAACAGCAGCAGCGGCAGCAGCAGCACUGA